UUCAAAAAAGAAACCAUGGUGAGAUGUUCACACAGGAGAGGAGGGGGAGAAAGGGAGUUUGGGAGACAGACUGGAAGGGCUUCCUAAUUUGAGUCUAUUCCCUUAGAUGUUCCCAUCCUGAGCAGCAUUGCUGUUGGUAUUUGCUUAUUUCUGCGAUCAUGUGUGCCUCUUUUUAAGGACCAUUCUGAUGAGAAAAGUAAACUUAAUGAGGUAGCUCUGGAAGUAAAUGCUGGCUGAGGAUGAAUAAAGUCCAAGAGGAGGAGAGCAUCAUGUCAUAUCUGUCAAAGAGUGAGACUGAAACCAACUCAAAAGACCUGAAUGUAGUGGCCAUGCUCCAUAACUUCUGGGAGCGGAGGCAGAUGAGUCAGUCAAACGGCUCCUCUUCUGAGUCGGAUGGUUCUGUUGGAGACGCAGUGAUCCAUGCAGAAAGUUUGCUGCUCUAUGAGUCUGCGCCAUCCCCCGGUCCCCCGUACGUCUGCUUUGUCACCCUGCCCGGAGGAAGCUGCUUUGGCAACUAUAAGGUGUGUGACAGUCAGGCACAGGCUCGGAGGGAUGCGGCCCGUGUGGCUCUGAUGAACUCGCUGGUGAAUGAGCUGCCAUGUCGACGCAUCACCUCCCCGUUCAUAAUGCAGAGUUUGCAGCAGGCGGCCACAGACAGUGCUGUCUCUAUUGACGAUGCAUGUGAUUCAAGCACCAGCGUUGGGACCUACAGUCUGCUGCUCCACACAUGCAUAGGGCGGACCAUGCUGGAGUUCCAGGAGAUGAUGACCAUUUUCCAGUUGUUGCACUGGAACGGGACACUUAAAGCUCUGAGGGAAAGACAGUGCUCUCGACAGAGUGUGAUUGCUUAUUACUCUCGGAGAGGACUCGAUGAGUACAUUCGCAGCAGCUUGGCUCUGGAUUGGCUCGGACGUGAGCAGAAGUCACCGGGGCGACUCGGGGAGGAGCUGCAGGUAGCGCAGAAGGAGCUGAUGUUGGCCCAGCGGCGAGGCAUAGAGCUGCGCUUCUACAAGGAGAAGACAGAGAUCCUUAGCUUGGCCCUGAGUCAGGCAUAUAUUCACCACACACCUGAUGACUUCAACCACGUGCAGAGUAAUACAUACAAUCAAGAGCAGCUUCCUUUACACACGUUAUGUAGCCAGGACACAGAAGUCCAAAUAACUCCACCCAGAAGUCCUACACAGACCAUCCACAAAAACACAAAGCAAUCACUCUGUCAAACCUCUGGCAAUCACACAUCUCACAACAGCCCUAGACCGUACCCACAGCAGACCUUUGAUACUUUAAAUAACUUUGACUGGACUUAAGCAGAACACAGAGGACGGACAAUAAAUGAUCAAAUUUGACUAAAAAUUGCGCUCUGCCACUCACAAAAAUCUGUUUGGAGGACAGAAAAUAAGCACAGUUAUUGUCCUAAGAAUUCUGUUAUCAUGAGGGAUACUUAUUUUGUGUUUAUUUUUUAUUAUUAUUUAUAAUUCCCUAACCUUACUAACAUUAUGUUCCGACUGUAGAACUAAAACUAAAACAAAUGUGUACAAUAUUAACAACUUCAAGCACAAGAAAUAGAGCCUUAAUAGAAUUGUAAUCAAUUACAAGGAAUUGUAAUAACAUUCUAGAUGUGAGUUUUUUUUCUGCAAUAAUGUAGCCUAUGUAUGUUCAGUUAUGUUGUUUUUAAAAGUAUAUUGAUAUAUGAAACACUUGCUCUUCUGUAACUAACUCUUCCUUCCGUUAUGUCUGCCUAGCAUGUCAAUUUUGCUCAUGGAAAUAACUUGGCAGGGACAUUCUGGACG